UUUUCCGAAUUUCUUCAUUCCUUUAUAUCCUAACAUCGUGCUUCCACGAGUUUCCUAUGUUUUUUUUGAAGGAAUAAGAGUCAACUCCAAACUGAAGUUGCAGACCACUCAGCUGCUAGGCCUCCUCAAACUCAAAAACGAAAAAGGCAAUGCUGAUUCUCCCCGUCAAUUAGCACAUUCAAUUUGUUAAAUAAACGGCUCCUCCAUUCGAUGGUCUUCUUUAAACAAAAAGAAUAAUUACAAUAACAGACAUGUUGACAAGAAGAUAAAGACGAGGACGCCACUAACACUGCCCCCUCCUGCCCCAUGCCAUCUGCCUCCAUUAUAAAACACCCAUCAACUUUUCUUCCAUUAAACUUAAUUCUGGUCGUGGUUAGCAGAUGGACGACUCAGUUCAGGAACAGCUUGAAGCAGUUUCAUCCAGAAAACUUGGCAAGUUCAAGGAUAGAACUUGUAAAAGCAAGUUUGUUGGUGUCAGACAAAGGCCUUCUGGGAAAUGGGUGGCAGAGAUCAAAGACACAACACAUGAUAUCAGAAUGUGGUUGGGAACCUUCAAGACAGCGGAAGAGGCUGCCAGAGCCUACGAUGAAGCUGCAUGCCUCCUCCGCGGUGCCAACACUCGAACCAACUUUACAUCCCAUCUCAAUUCUAAAUCCAUCCUCUCUUUGAAAAUCAGAAACCUCCUGAACCAGAAGAUCAGUUUGAAAAGAAGCUGCUCCGAAACCAACACAAUCCAAUCAGCCACCAAACUCGGUUCAAGUUGUGGCAUUACUAGUGAUAUCACGAGCAACAGCUCUAAAUUUGAUGGUGCUUAUACUGGGUUCUCCACUCCCACUAACCAAGAGAUGCAGAUGUUCGAUAAUGCAGAUAGAGCAGACUGGAGCACCUGCAUUGGAGAACUUGAGCUGGGUCUUUGUCAAUCCAGCCAUUCAUGGUGGCAUUUUCCUUUUGGGUUGAACUUGGAUGAACCUCCAUUGCUAACCCACCAAGGACUGGAACUACCCAGACAAGUGGCAGAGAUGUCAUGUGAGUCAGUGCAAUUAGAACUGACAUCGAUGCCUCUGUGUGCAUUGAAUGGAGUGAGUGAAUAUUUAGGAAAUGUAUAUGAUGCUGCUGAUACUGUGGGUCAGUUAUUCUGCCCAAGUUGAUGAUUGCUUCAUCACCGCUGUAAUUCCCUCCUUUGUACUGAUAAUUGAAUGCAGAUACACCCAAGCAGCUGAUAAGAGAGAAGAAAUUCAAACAAAUAACAGCCAAUCAAUAUGGUCAACCAUUGACUUCAUUUUCCUUGUUCCACUUUGAACCCUCCAGAAGCAAACAAAGGAAUAUAACUCAAAUGGUAGAGUGUUUGUUCUAUCUUUCUAUGAGAGCAAGGGAAGUAGUAUAACUCAACGAUAGAGUGUUGUCUGUCUUCACAUGGUGAAAGAAAUUAGUUCCAAGAA